GUCAGGCCAGCUGGCUCUCGGCCCGCUCUGCACCCACGCGAAGUUCGGGUGGGGAGGGGUAGGGGUGGUUCCGCUCCGCCCCGCCCCGUGCCCGCCCCUCCCCGCUAGGGGCGGAGCCUGCGCCUGCGCGCUCAGCGGCGGGCGUGUAACCUACGGGUGGGCGCCCCACGCCCGCCAGAUUCGCGCAGUCUCUGAGAUACACGCCGCGCAUCUCCAGGGCCUGAGCCGGGUCUGUUCUUCACGCAGGUGUCCCGCGCGUCCCAUUCAGCCAUGAAGUCCGGCAUCCGUGUAGCGCUGGUGACUGGAGGCAACAAGGGCAUCGGCUUGGCCAUCGUGCGCGACUUGUGCCGGCUGUUCUCGGGGGAAGUGGUGCUCACGGCGCGGGACGUGGCGCGGGGCCAGGCAGCCGUGCAGCAGCUGCAGGCGGAGGGCCUGAGCCCGCGUUUCCACCAGCUGGACAUCGACGACCCGCAGAGCAUCCGCACCCUGCGCGACUUCCUGCUCAAGGAGUACGGGGGCCUGGACGUGCUGGUCAACAACGCGGGCAUCGCCUUCAAGGUUGCUGAUCCCACACCCUUUCAUAUUCAAGCGGAAGUGACGAUGAAAACAAACUUCUUUGGUACCCGAGAUGUGUGCACAGAAUUACUCCCUCUAAUAAAACCCCAAGGGAGAGUGGUGAACAUAUCUAGCAUGAUGAGUCUCAGAGCCCUUAAAAGCUGCAGCCCAGAGCUGCAGCAGAAGUUCCGCAGUGAGACCAUCACCGAGGAGGAGCUGGUGGGGCUCAUGAACAAGUUUGUGGAGGAUACCAAGAAGGGAGUGCACCAGAAGGAGGGCUGGCCCAGCAGCGCAUACGGAGUGACGAAGAUUGGCGUCACCGUUCUCUCCAGGAUCCACGCCAGGAAACUGAGUGAGCAGAGGAAAGGGGACAAGAUCCUCCUGAAUGCCUGCUGCCCAGGGUGGGUGAGAACCGACAUGGCGGGACCCAAUGCCACCAAGAGCCCAGAAGAAGGAGCAGAGACCCCUGUGUACUUGGCCCUUUUGCCCCCGGAUGCUGAGGGUCCCCAUGGACAAUUUGUUAUGGAGAAGAGAGUUGAACAGUGGUGAGCUGGGCUCACAGCUCCAUCCAUGGGCCCCAUUUUCUACCCUGUCCUGAGUUGGUCUAAAGGGCACUUACAAAGUCAUAAAUAUCCUUAUAUAAGAAAAAAAAAAAAUCUCUUAUCAAUUAGUACUCACUAAUAUACUACUAAUUGAGCAGCCUACACACUCAGUUCACUACCUAAAUCUGUCAGGUCUUUUGUGGUUUCCUCUGAUGCAGGGAGAGGAAAAAUUGUAAUUGAUGAAAAUAAUGAAUGAAAAUCAACAGAUGAAUAAAUGGUUCUUUAUAAGUGUC